AUGUCUCGCAAACCCAUCGAAAUCGACGGCCGAACAGGAGAGGGCGGCGGCCAGCUGGUACGCGUCGCCAUCGCCCUCGCCGCCGUCACCUCGCAACCGGUUCGAAUCACCCACGUCCGUGGCAACCGGCCUUCACGCGGGGGCGGACACGGGGGAAGGGGGAGCAGCAGUGAAGGCGGAGGUCUCAAGGCCCAACACGUCACCGCUAUUCGCUGGCUGGCCGAGACGACAGAAGCAGACGUCGAGGGCCUCGCCGUUGGCAGCAGCACCCUCACCUUCGCCCCGCGGCUCCCUCCCCCGGCCGCCCUCGCCGGCAAACCUCGCACCCUCAAGAUCGACGGCGACACCUUCGCCGCAAGCACCCUCCUUAUCCUCCAGGCCGUCCUGCCGUUCCUCCUCUACGCCACGGCCGAUGACGACCCCUCGGCUCCCAUCGAGCUGGAGAUCACCGGCGGCACCAACGUCGCCUGGUCCCUUUCUUACGAGUACCUCGACCAAGUCCUCCUCCCGCGCCUCGAGGCCUCCUUUGGCGUCCGCGUCGGCCGCACCCUGAAGAAGCGCGGCUGGAGCCUGGGCCCACAGACUAGGGGCUCCAUCCUCCUGACGAUUCACCCCCUGAGACCGGGCUGCACGCUGCGCCUCCUCGACCGUUCUCACGGAAUGCUCGCCGCCGCCGACGACGACGGUGGCCCCCCUGGCUCCGAGGUCCGGCACGUGGACGUCUCCAUCAUCGCCCCCUCGCACACGCACGCUGACAUGCAGGACGCCCUGGCGCGCGCCCUCGCCUCGUCCUUACCGGACGCCGAGGUCCACUUCAAAAUUGUCGAGGACUCGGGCCACGACGCGCGCGUGUACGUUCUCCUCGUGGCACGGUCUGCUUCGGGGCACCGAUGGGGCCGCGACGCGCUCAUGUCGAUCCCGAAAAAGGGGCGGCAGAGGGAGCCCGUCACAUCGCUGGUCUCGCGGAGGGUGGUCGGCGACCUGAUGAAGGAGCUCGCGGUACCGGAGUCUACGGCGGACGAGUUCCUGCAGGACCAGCUCGUCGUCUUCCAGGCGCUGGCUGAGGGCGCGACGUCGUUCCCGCGGCUUCCAUCGCCCGAGGGCGCUGACGUGGAAGGUCUGGGGCAGGACGUGGCGCAGCUGGGCUCGGGGGAGCGGAUGAGGAGGGACAGGGCGGACAGGCCGUUCGGUCACGGCAGCUUGCAUGCCCAGACGGCGAGGUGGGUGACGUCGGAGAUCCUGCCGUCGGUGGAAUGGUUCAACAAAGGGACGGUCUGCAAGGGCGUAGGAACGAAGUUCGGUUGA